UCGGUCCCCUGGAACGUACGCUCUUACGCACACUCCUUCACCUACCACCUCACCGCUGACGCCACCGCCACGACCACAACCACAACCAUUCACCAACCCAACCCUUAUAUAUAAACCUCACUCUCUUCUUUCCUUCACUCUCUCUCUCCCUGCUUCAUCUGAUCACAUAGACAUGGCGGGAGUGAGGAGGAUCAAGCUGGGUUCGCAAGGCCUGGAGGUCUCGGCUCAAGGACUAGGCUGCAUGGGGAUGUCAGCCUUCUACGGCCCCCCGAAGCCAGAGCCAGACAUGAUCAAGCUCAUCCACCACGCCGUCGACUCCGGCGUCACCUUCCUCGACACCUCCGACAUCUACGGCCCCCACACCAACGAGAUUCUCCUCGGCAAGGCUUUGAGCGGAGGAGUGAGGGACAAGGUGGAAUUGGCCACCAAAUUCGGGAUCAGCUUUGCAGACAACAAGAGGGAGGUUCGGGGAGACCCGGCUUAUGUGAGGGCUGCUUGUGAAGCAAGCUUGAAACGCCUUGGACUCAAUUGUAUUGAUCUCUAUUAUCAGCAUCGGAUCGACACUCGUCUCCCCAUUGAAGUCACGGUGGGGGAGCUCAAGAAACUAGUUGAAGAAGGUAAGAUAAAGUACAUUGGUCUCUCUGAGGCUUCUGCUUCCACAAUAAGGAGAGCCCAUGCUGUUCAUCCAAUAACAGCUGUACAGCUGGAGUGGUCCUUGUGGUCAAGAGAUGUUGAGGAAGAUAUUAUUCCUACUUGUCGUGAACUUGGCAUCGGUAUUGUUGCAUACAGUCCUCUAGGAAGAGGAUUCCUGUCAUCUGGGGCUAAGUUCGUGGAAAAUCUUGCCAACGAUGAUUUCCGAAAGUUUCUGCCCAGGUUCCAAGGUGAAAAUCUAGAGCACAAUAAAUCAAUAUUCGAGCGGGUUAGUGAUCUUGCAACAAGGAAGGGGUGCACCUCAUCUCAGUUAGCUCUGGCUUGGGUUCAUCACCAAGGAAAUGAUGUGUGCCCCAUACCGGGAACCACCAAGAUUGAAAAUUUUAAUCAAAAUAUUGGAGCUCUGUCUGUGAAACUGACACCAGAGGAAAUGGCUGAGCUUGAAUCCUUUGCUACUGCAGAUGCUGUUAAGGGUGGCCGAUAUCAGAAUGACUUCAGUACUUGGAAGAACUCUGAAACUCCACCACUGUCUUCAUGGAAACCCACAUAAAUGUGUGCCUCAAGUGAUGAGUAAUGCCUCUCUCUACCUCACGUACUUGGCCUCGCUGUUCUCACAAUAAAUAGUUUUCGCCGAGUGAUAUGUAAUGUGACCUGGAGACAAUAAACAGUUUGUGUGCUACUUUAAUCAUUUUAUAGACUUAUAGUAGAGAGUACAAAUUAUCUGGAGCAGGAAAAUGUUCAAAUUAUUUCGUGUGGUGAUGUAGAUGAUAUGGCUUUAGCUUCAAAUGUUUUUACUCGCAAUUGACUGAUAGUAACCAC